AUGUUUUUUUUGUGUGUUCAAUUUCUUUCUUUUAAUGAUUUAAAUGAUUUUUUUUUCCAGUUAAUGGUUGAAGACAUUUUGCAUCAUGGAGCAAUAUUAAAUGAUAUAGAAUUGAAAGGAGAGAACGUUAUAGUGAGUAAUCGUGGAGCUCCUAAGUUUGCUGAAAAUACAAGGGACCAGGUGAAACAACUUAAAGAUGGCUACACAAACCUUUUGACAUCAGCUAAGCAGAAUCAGGAAAGUCUUGCUGUAAGUCUUGACCGCUGGCACAACUACAAAAAGGAACUUGAAGAAGGCCAGGAAUUCUUGAAGCAGUAUCUUCCAGCCUGGAAAUCUGAAAUGGGUACUGCUCAUGCUGAUAAUUUACCAGAAGCCCAAGUACAAUUGACUAAAGCCAAGGAAAUGUGGGAAAAACUGAGCUGUUUGAGGCAAAAUUUGAACUUAUCUCUUGCUCAGUGCAGACCGGCUGGGGCUGCUGCCACUGACCAAACUGACUCUGUGAUGUCAUCUGCCCUAUUCAAGUUUUCUAGCGACGUCAACCAUAACUUAAUUGGAGAAAUGAACCAAAUUGAGAAUCAUCUUGAUUCACUGCGAGAUGAAAUCAAGUCUUGGGAGACAAUUGAUGCUCUGAAAACUGAGUUGAGAACAACAUUACGCAACAAGAAGGAAGAAGUUAAAAUGCUUGAACAGAAUCCUUCAAGACUUCCAGAAGCAGCAGCAGAAAUGGAAAUUGUGAAAUUACAGAGUCUCAAAAAUGAUGUUGAUGAAAAGAAAGGUUCUCUAAAAGAUCUGAAUGACCGUUACCACAAACUCACCCAACAUAACCCACAAUUAUCUGACCCCAUCAUAAAUGCUGUCCAAGAAGACUGGGAGGAGCUUCUGUGUUAUAUUAGCAAUGUGUUGGAUGAGAAGGAGCAGGAAAGGAAAACACGAAAGAGAUUCCAAGAUCAACAAUAUGAAAUUGAUGAAGAUCUUGCCAGAUAUGCUCAGGAAUUAGAGCAGAUUGAAUUGAAAGGGUCAUCAGAAGUACAGAUGGACAGAAUCACGGUAGGUGGGCUUUAG